CCAGGAGGCAGGUGGCAGCUGGGUGGACAGCAGAGGAAGCAGGAGCCCAGGGGUGUGAGAUGGGAAGCGGGGCCAUGUCAGGAAGCCAACUUCGGGCUGCCGUGGUCCUGCUGCUGCUGCUGCAGGGUGCACAGUGUGUCUACAUCAAGUACCAUGGCUUCCAAGUGCGUCUGGAAUCGGUGAAAGAGCUGACUGAGCUGGAGAAGCAGCAGAUGUCCAAUCUCCUGACGCCCACCGAUAGCCACCUGCCUGGAGUGUGCCAUAACCCAGCCUUGCCCCCAGACCUCCAACCUGUCUGCGCCUCUCAGGAGGCCGCCAGCAUCUUCAAGGCCUUGAAGACCAUCGCCAUGGACGAAUGUGAGCUGUGUAUAAACAUCGCCUGUACGGGCUGCGGCUGAAAUGACUCCGUGUGUCUCAAGCCCACCCCAAGGCCAACCCAUCCAUACUCAGGCCACCAUUGAAGUAAUCACCACUCCCCCCCCCAGCACAGCUGGAUCCAUGACAAAGCAAUGGGACACAGGGUUGGCACAUCUGUCCCCCGGGCAGCUGCACCUGAAUAAAGAUGCUACCCACAAA